GUAAACGUCAUUGUAAUGUUACAUUAGAUUUUUAUUACGAAAAAAAAUUUCAUGUUUUAACAAAAUCCUACAGAUUGAUUUCCUCACCCUUUGACCAGUAUCGUUAUGUCUCGCCGGCACGAAGAUUUUGAUGAAUUCUGUGACCCGGAGAAUCCUAGACCAAUCAAAUAUGAUGAAGUAAAAGAUGCAUUGGAACGUUUAAGUCCGUUUAUUACAAAAACCCCAUGUAUGCCAUCUCAUCACCAACGUGAAUUUACUAUGAAAUUAUAUUACAAGAUUGAGUCAAUGCAGAUAACGGGAAGUUUUAAAGAGAGGGGUUCACUAAACGUUUUGCAACUGUUACCAUUAGAUAAAAAGAAGAUCGGCGUCGUGAUAGCUUCAAUAGGCAAUGACGCCAUUGGUAUAUGUCACUACGGCGCCAAGCUCGGCAUUCCAGUGAUUGUCGUGGUGCCUGUGACAAUUCCCAUAUGUAAACUGCAAAACUGUUACAGUCUCGGCGCAAAAGUUAUCCUAGAAGGAAGCAACUUGACGGAAUCUCAAAGAUUUGCGAGAUCGUUGGCGAAAGAUAAAGGACUUACGUAUAUUAACGCACGCGACCAUCCUCACAUCCUUAUGGGUUACGGUACAUUAGCACUGGAAAUUUUGGAACAAAUUCCGCUUGUUGAAGCAGUUAUUGUUCCAGUCGGCAGCGGUGGUCUGAUCGCGGCAGUUGCCGCCGUUAUCAAACAUAUUAAACCAAAUUGCCUAGUUUAUGGAGUGCAAUCAGAAAACAUACCGGCUUUCUUUAAAUCUUUGGAAAUGGACAAGCCGAUACAAGUGCCAAUGCAAGAUAAUAUGGCAGAUGCAAUAUCUGUGCCAAAUGUCGGUGUCAAUGCAUUCCAUACUGCAAAAACUCUGGUAGACAAAAUGCUAUUGGUAAACCAGGACUGGAUAGCUCGAUCAAUUCUGCAUUUAAUUGAGAAAGAAAGAUUUGUAAUAGAAGGAGCAGGAGCUUGUCCGCUCGCUGCGAUUCUUGGGAAUCUCGUUCCUGAGCUCAAAACAAAGUAUGUGGUCGCCAUUCUCAGCGGGGGCAAUAUUGAUUACACUUCUCUGAUACGGUCCUUACAAAGAGGACUAUCUGUAAUUGGAAGGCUAGUCAGAUUUAGCGUUGGCGUUAAAGAUGAUCCAAAAGCUUACAGUCAAUUGCUAUCGCUAAUAGCCAACGGAGGGUAUAACGUGGUUCAUCAGUUCCAAGAUCGAAUUUGGGUGGAAGGCAGCGACUAUACCAUCGAGAUCAAAUUAGUUUGUGAAACUAGAAAUCUAGAACAUGCCUUAGAACUGAAAAGGAUAAUAGAGAGGGCGUAUCCUUACUCCUCCGAGUUCGAGACUGAACCUUUUAAUGACAAAAGAAUGUGCCCGUGCUACGGUCGAGUCGCUACGUAAAGCUGAGAUUCUAAACAAAUUUUAUUAUUUUCAAUAACUAUCUUUUUCUUUUAACAAUUACUCAUAUUUUUAUUAUCGCAUUGUUUUCAUUUCGGAUGUAAUAAAUUCAAUAUUCAUCUGAUAACAACAAAGGUUAACGGUAAUUUUGAUAUUUUAGUUUCAUUUGUGUAAAUUAUACAUUAUGUAACGAUUAGCCUUAACAAAUACAUUAAACUUGGACAUAAUUUAUGUAUAUCACGUUUCUCCAUGGGACUAUUUUAAUGAAGUAAAAUUAAAUGUAAUCUGCAUAAAGAAAACAUUUUUAUUAAUUUUUUUAAACAUUACAACAACGCUUUUAUCCAAAUUACAUUUUAACUCUUUAAUAAAUAUUAUCACACCACUGUAUAAUACAAAAAAAAAAUGUUUUAAUUAUAAUUUUUAUCCAUAAAACUGGCCAUUUUGAUAUCCCUUUUGCUCAAUCCAUUUACGUCAUGUGAAGAAAGUGUCACCUAAAACAAGACAUGCAUUACAGGCAUUUUAAUAACACAACAAAUGUACAUACAUAGUAUUUACAUCACUUGUAGAGCACGUUGCUUUUUUUUCUUGCUUUGAUUGGUGAAUGAGCUCACAGCCCAACUGGUGUUUACUGGUGGUUACUCCAGUAACCCAAGUGGUUACUGGAGCCCAUAAA